CGCGUCUCCCCUUCAAUUAUGCGGUCGCAAUUACUGACAGUUUGCGUUUUGGCUACAAGCUUUGCUUCCGGAAUACCUAUCGAGCCACGUUGGGGGGCUCGCGCCACCGUCGGAUAUAGGACUGUUCACCCAGAACAAGCCAGAAUCUAUAACAGCAACGGGAAACUCUCAUACGAUCCGACCCAUACAGUGGUAGCCCAGAUUGGCCUAGGUGUCUACACCACACCUGGUCCAGGACAAUGGCCUGGUGAACCUGGUGAUUGGUAUUGCCAUAUCACGGCGCAGAAGUCCACUCUGGAUAGUUUGAAUAAAGUAUGGGUGCCAAGAAGAUUUUGGAACAACCUCCACAGGAUUGAUGAUUGGAUCGACGAGUUGGGCUUCAAUCCCGCACUGACAUUACGCCUGUCACCUAUCGAGGACAGAGAAGACAUCUUGCAGCUUCUGAUCCCACCGACCUUACUUUCCGGACACAAAAUGGACUUCAAGGUUCAUUGUGCUGCAGACUAUCACAGCUUGCCCUAUGAACCUGUUAAUUACUCACAGUGGAAGAAAGUCUAUGGUAAUCCAUAA